AUGGGCUGGGGUACAGCUCAGUCAAGCGCCCUGAUAGUACAUCUGAGAACACACACAGGAGAGAAACCUUACGACUGCUCUGACUGCGGAAAGACUUUUGUUAGUUUAAGAGCUUUAAAAUCACACCAGAGAACACACACAGGAGAGAAAUCACCAUAUAGCUGUACUCAAUGUGGGAAGAGUUUUACUCAGUCAUGCUCCCUGAUAGUGCACCAGAGAACACACACAGGAAAUAAACCUUUUAGCUGUGAUCAAUGUGGGAAGAGUUUUGGUACAUCUGUGUAUCUGACGAUACACCAGAGAACACACACAGGAGAGAAACCUUAUGGCUGUAAUCAAUGUGUCAAGAGUUUUACUCAGUCAAGCGGCCUGGUAGUACACCAGAGAACACACACAGGAGAGAAACCGUAUAGCUGUACUCAAUGUGGGAAGAGUUUUACUCAGUCAAGCGCGCUGAUAGUACAUCUGAGAACACACACAGGAGAGAAACCUUACGACUGCUCUGACUGCGGAAAGACUUUUGUUAGUUUAAGAGCUUUAAAAUCACACCAGAGAACACACACAGGAGAGAAAUCACCAUAUAGCUGUACUCAAUGUGGGAAGAGUUUUACUCGGUCAACCUCCCUGAUAGUGCACCAGAGAACACACACAGGAGAGAAACCGUAUAGCUGUACUCAAUGUGGGAGGAGUUUUAUGCAGUCAAGUGGCCUUAUAGUACAUCUGAGAACUCACACAGGAGAGAAGACAUAUAGCUGUGAUCAUGUGACAAGAGAUACUCUGAUAAAAUAUCUCUGAUCAAAC